CUUCCAACUCUCUCUGUACAUUUAUAUUAUAUAUAUAUCCAUGCUCAUUUACAAUGGCUAAGAUACAUACAAUGGCCAAGUUACAUUUGUUUUGUAGUUUUGUGUUGCUGGCUUUGGCUUUUGCUGGUGCCAACAGCUGUGAGAAAGUUGGUGUUUAUCAACUCAAGAGAGGAGAUUUCUCUUUGAAGUUCACUAACUAUGGUGCUACUAUGCUUUCUGUCAUCGUACCUGAUAAAAAUGGAAAGUUAGCCGAUGUUGCUCUGGCAUUUGAUUCACUUGAGGACUACAAGAAUGAUACAUGUUACUUUGGAGCCAUUGUUGGACGUGUAGCCAACAGAAUUGGAAAGGCUCAAUUUACUUUGAAUGGCACUCGCUAUCAACUGGUUAAUAAUGAUGGAGAUAACUUGCUUCAUGGAGGACGCAGAGGAUUUAGUGAUGUUAUAUGGACAGUAGAGAGUUACAAAGAAGAUAGCCACAUAACUUUCACUUAUGAGAGCUUUGAUGGUGAACAAGGUUUUCCUGGUGAUGUUGCUGUUUCAGUGACUUACAUGUUCAUAGAAUCAAACAAGUUAGCUGUUAACAUGAAAGCUAAGGCACUCAACAAACCCACUCCAGUGAAUUUAGCCCUGCAUACUUACUGGAAUCUUGGUGGCCAUGACAGCGGUGACAUUUUUUCACACAAAAUCCAACUCUUUGGAUCACAUAUCACCCCAGUUGAUGAUGAUCUCAUUCCAACUGGUAAAAUUACUCCUGUUAAAGGAACUCCCUAUGAUUUCCUCGAUGCUCGUGAGAUCGGUAGCAAAUUCAAGGAGCUACCUGGUGGAUAUGACAUUAACUAUGUGCUAGACAAUCCAUAUCCUAACCACCUAAAAAGGGUAGCUGUGGUGAAGGAAAAUGUGUCAGGGAGGAAAAUGGAGCUGUGGACUAAUCAGCCUGGUGUACAGUUUUAUACAAGUAACAUGUUGGGGCAUCUGAAGGGGAAAGGUGGAUUUGUUUACUCAAAUUAUGCAGGACUUUGCUUGGAGACUCAAGGAUUCCCAGAUUCAGUGAAUCAUCCCAAUUUCCCUUCUCAGAUUGUACAUCCUGGAGAGACUUAUGAGCAUGUUAUGGUUUAUAGGUUCACUGCUAAUUAGCUAUUCGUAUAAACCUAGGUACAUGGUGCAUUUAUAACAAUUUUUUUUCUUUAAUUUUGCUGGCUUAGCCAAAAAUAGGUUCUGAUGCUACUUCUGUUUUUGGUAUUCGAUGAAUUGAAAUUUCCCCUUGAUGCAAGUUCUGCUGUAUAUUUGCCUCCAAUCUAGUUGUUCGAAUAUCAAUAAUUCAAUAGGUGAGAUUCAUGAAGUUAAUUGAAAGUCAUUAUUUCUGUGUUUUGAUACAUCA